AUGACUUACCAGCCCAUGUCUGAUAGACUGUUGAUUCAAUCGUCAUUAACCACCUUGUGGGAGACCGAGGCAGCGCAGGGCCCGCAUCCUUGGAAACCCAUGUCAAACAUUAUUAUCCUUGAUCAGGACCUGUCAAAUUUCGAUGUUAUGGUUUCAGGCCCUUAUUGCUCGAUGAGCCUGCCUGUUGAAGAGCUCAACUGCACCAGUGUGGUCUAUGGGUCAAUCUUAGGGAAUCCCAAGAAGAGCCUCCUUCUUGGAGAACUCGAACGGGGCUCGCGUCUGAGAUUCUGCGUACAAGAGCUCUCCUUGAAGCAGAACGAGGGAAGCAGAGACCGUGAUGAAGACGCCGCGGAGCAGUGGCCAAUACAUCUCGAUGGCUGGUGGGUGAGCGACAAUCAUCAACCUGUUUCACUACGCUGGACGGACGUCAAGCGUGGCGACGACCUGUAUGAGGAUACGUUACUGGACGCACUACGCGAAGUCCACUCAUGUGUAAUACAAGGAGCGAACAAAUGCGGCGAACGAUCCAAUUCAACAAUCGAAGGGGUCGUAAUACUCAACAGCUACUGCGACACGUCACUGAUGAAAACGGCCAUCACGGAGGCUGUUGGCAAUCACGUCGAGAUCUUCGGAGCGACGUCUGGGGGUGAUCUGACGUACGUCGCUCGACUUGGUGCACGUUAUGCUUUGAAGAAACGUGACCGUGCAGUACAAGACGUGAAGUAUGCCUGCGAACAGGCGGACCGUGAUAGGGAAGCUGAAUUAAGGCAUUUGAUACAUGGCGAGCUGUAG